AUCUUUUUACUGUUUUACACAUUCAGAGAGAGAGAGAGAGAGAGAGAGAGAGAGAGAGAGAGAGAGGCCAUUGUCGAGUUUGGAUCAGCAAGAGAGAGAGAGAGAAAGAGAGAUGACGAUGGGUGAUCUGGGUUCAAAUGGGUACUUGGUCACCAUCUCUGUGAUCCUUUAUCUGACCUCAAUUACCCAUGUGAUUGCUUCGAUCCACGACUACCAAAACGAGACCUUUAUCCACCGUGCUAAUUCAUUCUUCUUCCAUGGCGGCAGUGAGGGUCUCUAUGCUUCCAGAGUCACCUCCUUCAACGACACUCAACCUUCCGAAGAAAAGUCCCUCAAUGGCAAAUCCUUCAUCAGGUUUGAGUCUAUCACCUUUCGAAGAACAAAAGAAUCUAUUGAAAAGAAAUAUGAAAUGCAGCAAAAGACAGGGUUGGUGGAAGCUAUAAUAGUUAAGGUAAGAGAUAGGAAAAACAUUGGGGGCACUUAUCUGAACUCUGAUGCUAUAUGCUGCACCCCAGAACUUGCCAAGGAAGGUUCAUGCAAGUUAGGAGAGGUUAUCAUCCGCCAAAAUCAGGAUGAUCCGGAUGGGCCUAAACGGUUACAGACAUUUUUCGAAGGGCAAAAUGAAGAGACUAAAAUGGUUAUUCAAACUGUUGAGAUAAACAGCACUGGAAUGUAUUACCUGUAUUUUAUGUUUUGUGAUCCUCAACUGAAGGACACAAUAAUCUCUGGAAGAACUGUUUGGAGAAAUCCGGAUGGUUAUCUACCGGGGAAGAUGACGCCGUUAAUGACAUUUUAUGGUUUAAUGUCUUUGGCAUACCUUCUUCUUGGUCUGGUCUGGUUUCUCUGGUUUGUGCAAUACUGGAAAGAUGUAAUACAGUUACAUUACCACAUUACUGCUGUUAUUGGACUUGGGAUGUGCGAAAUGGCCCUAUGGUAUUUUGAGUAUGCAAAUUUCAAUUCAACCGGAAGCAGGCCAAUGGUAAUUACAUUAUGGGCUGUUACCUUCACUGCUGUCAAGAAAACAGUCUCACGGCUUCUUCUUCUGGUUGUCUCUAUGGGUUAUGGUGUUGUGCGCCCAACACUUGGUGGUAUAACCUCAAGAGUCCUCCUUCUUGGUGCAGGGUAUUUUGUGGCCUCUGAAGCACUUGAGCUGGUGGAACAUCUGGGUAAUAUUAAUGACUUCUCUGGAAAAACAAGACUUUUCCUGGUGCUGCCUGUUGCUCUGUUAGAUGCAAGUUUUAUUCUUUGGAUCUUUUCAUCAUUAUCUAAAACCCUGGAGAAGCUUCAGAUUCGGAAAAGUUUGGCAAAACUUGAAUUGUACAGGAAAUUUACGAAUUCCCUUGCAGUGACAGUGCUGCUUUCAGUAAUAUGGAUUGGCUAUGAGUUGUACUUCAAUGCAUCUGACCCUUUAAGUGAACUAUGGCAAAGAGCUUGGAUCAUCCCGGCUUUCUGGACUUUGUUUGCUUACGUUUUGUUGCUAGUGAUCUGCAUUCUUUGGGCCCCAUCUCAAAAUCCAACCAGAUAUGCAUACUCAGAGGAGACAGGGGAUGACUUUGAUGAGGAGGCUAUCAAACUCACUGGAAGUGGAAUUAAGGUGUCUGGGGAUAUGACAAUCAUGCUAGAAAGAAAGGAAAGAAAGACAUCAAUUCCUACAGAUCAUCAUGUGUUUGGACUUGGAGAAGAUAGAGAGGAGGACAAGAGGGAGUAGUAAUGGUCUCAGCUUCUGUAUUCUAUUAUGUCAGAAUUAUUUAAAGUUUUGCCUUCUAUUCUUUGCUGUGCCUCUUUGUAUUACUUGGGAGGGCUUAAAAGAAGGGUACGUGUCAACAUGGAGAAGCAACAAAAGAGAGGGAAAGAGUGAGGGAAGGAUUUGUUAAGAUCAUUCAACUUCUAAUUUCAAGGUAGGUGAUUCUGUCAGCUUUCCAGGACGGGUGUUCAGUGGAUAGCAAGCAAAAAACUAACUAGUUGGCACGAGUGCUUUGUGAGGUUGGCAGAGUUCUUACCUAGUAGCAUCAUCCUUGUACUUACACUUACCUCAUAACAUGGUUCAAGUAACUUCGACCUAUAAAAGGGUUUUGCUUACCCUUUUAUAUGCUCUAUUGGGCAUUGUUAAAGAAAUAGAAGAAUGAAAGAAA